ACAGUUUGACUUUGACUGGGUUCUCUGUGUGACCCGUUAUUGCUGCCACCUGCUCCGUUUUGCUCAAAAUACUCCCAUCCCAUUGGGGUUUCUCUUUUUUACUCUCUUCUAAAACCCCUUUUAAAAAUUGUAGAGAAAAUGAUGGAGAAAAGGAAGUUCAAGAAAAGGGUGUUUGUUAGUGAACAUGACAUGUCCACUCUCUUACAAAGGUACACAGCAAUGACAAUGUUGACACUGUUGCAAGAGGUGGCACAAGUUAAAGAAUCGAAAAUCGAUUGGAAUGAAUUGGUGAAGAAGACUACUACUGGGAUUACCAAUGCUAGAGAGUACCAGAUGGUGUGGCGCCAUUUGGCUUAUCGCCAAGUAUUGCUUGAUAAAGUGGAUGAUGAUGCUCAACCUCUGGAUGAUGAUAGUGAUCUAGAAUCUGAUUUGGAAGCUUUUCCUCCGGUUAGCAAUGAGACUUCAUUAGAGGCUGCAGCCUGUGUGAAGGUAUUAGUUGCUUCUCGGGCUCCAUGUGAUACAAAUAUGUCAGAUGGAAAUACAAUUGAGGUUCCAUUGACUAUAAGCAUGCCCAAUAGGCAAACAUCUGGAACUGCUGCAGAAAAUUCACUCCAUGGUAUUUCAGCAUAUGGGACAAAACUUACAGUCCCGGUUACUGUGCAAAUGCAGCCACUUCCUUCUGUCACAGCUGCUGAGGGUUUGGACACCAGUGGACCAGGUACAGCCAGCUAUAAUUCUCGUCGAAGACGAAAACCUUGGUCUGCAGCUGAAGAUAGGGAGCUCAUUGCUGCAGUACAAAAGUGUGGUGAAGGGAACUGGGCAAGUAUAUUGAAAGAGGACUUUAAGGGUGACAGAACAGCUUCACAACUUUAUCAGAGGUGGUCAAUUAUUAAAAAGCGGAACAUGGCCGGAAAUGCCUCACAACUGUCGGAGGCUCAGCUUGCGGCUCGUCAUGCAAUGUCCGUGGCUUUUGGGGAUAAUUUAAGAGCAGCUUGUCCAACCAGCACUAAUGUUGGGCCAAAUUCAAGUGGUGGACCUAGUAACUCUUCCCAUUUUGCUGCUGCUGAUAUUGCAUCAGGUGGUCCACAAUCUAAGCAUCGGCAAGAUUUAGUACCUUCAAAACCUAUAGUCCCAAAAAAUCCAUUAGCAGAGCCUGCUAUUAACCCAGAUCCAAUGGCCAAAGCUGCUGCUAUGGCUGCAAGCUCCCCCAUUGCUGUCCAUUCAAGUGCUGCUGCCUCGCUGCAAAAGGCUGCACAAUCUAAAAAAGGCAUCCAUAUCAUGCCUGGAGGAACUCCUGCAGUCAAAUCAUCAGUGCCAAGUAGCUUUAGUGGUUUGCCUAGUAAUGUACAUUUCAUUCGAACUGGCCUGGUGUCCCGUCCCGCAGGCCUCUCUAAUGCCUCACAGUCUGGAACCCAGCAAUUGCAGGCUCUAAGAUCUGCAUCACCUGCAGUUCAGCCUAGACCAGCGACUGUGCCAUCCAGAACCAAUACUGCAUCUGUGGUUCCCAGUGCCCCUACAUCUUCUCCAGCAACCGCCGUGCUCGGAGUAAAAUCUAAAGCCGCAGUUAUGCAAGAAAAUCAAACUGCUGUUCUGUCUAAUGCAAGGAGUGAGAAAGCUGGAGUUAUUCGAGCUGCUUCAUUGGCGAAUACACCACAACAGCAGGUCCAAAAAGGUCCAACUUUUGGUUCAGGCAACCGGUUGACAGUGAAGGUUGAAGGUCAAGAACUUGGAGGAGAGAGUAAAGCUUCAAGAAUUUGGAUCCAAGAAAAACUAAUCCCAAGUCAAGAGUCUCCCAGCAAUAAGAAUGAGAACGCUAAAACAGAAUUGGCAGCUGAAAACACUAGUGGUCAAGGUCCAGCACCUGUGACAUGUAAGGUGGUGUUCAAAGAUAGUUGAGGAAGGGGAUUUAGGUGAGACACAUUUGGCAACUGAGGAUGGGGGAGAGCAAAAUAGAGUUUACUGGCUGGACCAGCUCUGUAUGUAAUUUCUAAUUCAUCCCAGCUAUUUUGUUGACUUUUAUCCUCAACUUUGUAAAUGUUUUCUCCAAAAGUCUUGUCUAUAAUUAGGUGACUUUUCAAAAUUCUUUCAUGUGUUCCGUUGACAAGGAUUGAAUAUUUCCAGAUGUUUCUAGUAAGUAAUAGUAUCUUUUAUGUGUUUGCUGAGA